AUGGACAUGAAAAAUUUGCAUGUGGAUGAACUUCGUCAAGAAGGCGCUACUAUCAAGAACUGCAACAGUAAUUACAUAACCAAAUGUUCAGCUUUAACGAAGCGUAUGAAAAGGGGGGAACCUUACCGAACCAAUGUAACCUUUACUACCGUAGUACCAUUCACUAAUAAUGUCACGAUGAAGUACAGCUACGGUGUAAAGGGAUACCCUAACAUGCUAUCGAUAAAAACGAAAAUUUGUGAUAUACUCAAUAUUACUUGGUUAAAAGAAUAUAUUGGAAUGUUCUCGGAUAUCCCACUAUCGUGUCCAGUGAAACCAGGGUCAUAUGGAUUUUACAACAUGGAGUUUCCACCAAAAAAUUUGCCUUUACCAAUUCCCAAAGGGGAUAUAUAUUUCACGUGUAUUGUGGAAACAACAGAUACCAAUGAAUUAAUCACACAUUUGGAUCUUGUUCUACGUUCAAAAUAA